GGCUACGCGGAGUGCUCCGACACGAGGUGCUGCUCGGAGGUGGGCAUGCAGUGCUUCGAGAAGGACAAGUUCUGGGCCCAGUGCCUGCCGGACUGCACCGAGCAGAGCGGCGCCGGCCCGGGGUGGACGUGCAAGGCGCUCGGGGAGGUGUCCCCGGAGCUGGAGUCGAACACCUCGCUGGCGGGGCCGCCCGGCGGCAAGGUGGCCAAGUGGGUGGAGGACACCUGCUCGGCAG